AUGACAAGCAGUGAGGGAAGCCGUGCUUCGCAGAGGAGAAUGGUUGAGGGUGAAUCAAACAAUGCAAUGGAAAGGAGGCUGAAAUUGCAAGCCGAUUUGGAAGGGAUGAAUCAAAGGAUUGAAGAUUCUGAGGCAGAGGGAGGUGAUGAUCUGAAAAGUGAAGAAGAAGGAGAGGAGGUCAAUCAAGAGGUUGAUGAAAGUGGCCAGAGUAACCAAGAUGAGCCCAUGGAGGAGGCUGAGCCACAAGAAGAAGGAGGAUGA